CUAAAAGGGUCCAGUUGGGAUUGCGGCGGCUGCGCUGCGGCAGCGCAGCGAGUAUAAUCGCAGUAUAAUAAUCGCAAUGGCGAAGAUAGAACGCGGUCUAACGAAGUCGUUCAACGUUUCGGCAAAAUGCAUGCCUGUAUAAACUUUUAUUACGUAACAAAGUGAAAGAUGAUUUAUAAAAGUAAAAUUUUAUUGUGAUAAUGAGGAAAAGUAAACUAUAAACCUUUCACCAGCUACGCGUUUUUAUCAUGUUAUUUAUUUUCCAUUCGAUCAGAGUAUCCCGUAACGCGUGUCUAUCACCUUUCAAGUUGGCUAUCUCCACAUAUUCCACCGAGGCAUUGUCGAAUGUAAAGGAAUUCUGUUACACUCAAAGACGUCAAUGUGCAUCGGAUGCCAGAAGGGCUAAAAUAAUUUCAUCGAAUUUGAUGGGAUCGGUCAAACAACGAAACAAUUCCGUUUCACCCGCGGUGAUUAGCACGGACGAUGAAAAUCGGAAAGAACCAUGCAGUACUUACGGCGAAGAAGAGUGGCGACAGAUCAAAUUAGAUUCCAAUAAACUUCGCAAACACUGCUUCAUGUUGUCCAAAAUAAGAUUAACAUCAUUAGUGGUUGUCACAACGAUGGCUGGAUAUGUGAUAGCACCAGGACCUUUCGACGUUUCUACCUUCGCCGCGUGUUCCGUCGGCACCGGAUUAGUUUCCGCGACAGCGAACGCUAUUAAUCAAUUCUUCGAAGUUCCAUUCGAUGCGCAAAUGUCGAGAACGAAGAAUAGAGUAUUGGUCAGAGGUCAUUUAACACCCGGCCACGCGAUAAUGUUUGCAAUAAUUUCGGGCACCAGUGGAUUAUUAUUGUUGUACAGUCAAGUUAAUGGAUUAACGGCUGCUCUAGGAGCGACGAAUCUAAUAUUGUACACUCUUAUUUAUACACCCAUGAAACGUAUCAGUAUUUUAAAUACUUGGGUCGGUUCUAUAGUCGGAGCCAUACCGCCGUUAAUGGGUUGGGCUGCUUGCGUCGGCGACGUACUAUCACCAGGUGCAUGGAUAAUGUCCGGCUUGCUAUACGCAUGGCAAUUUCCUCAUUUCAAUGCUUUGUCAUGGAAUUUAAGGCCGGAUUAUUCCCGCGCCGGCUAUAGAAUGAUGGCGGUCACCGAUCCGAAACUGUGCCGGCAAACAGCGUUACGUUACACCGCUGCGUUGAUGGGUAUUUGCUACUUGGCACCAGUCUUUAACGUAACGACCUGGUGGUUCGCUCUGACCUCGACACCGCUGAACGCAUAUUUUCUUUAUCUCGCUUGGAAGUUUCAUAGACAUUCGGAUAGUAAAAGUUCGCGCAAACUCUUUCACGUUUCCUUGAUUCAUCUCCCUGUUCUCAUGGUUCUUAUACUUGUAAAUAAGAAGCAUUGGUACCACAACGAUGAGGUAUUGAAGGAUACGUUGCUCCAGGAGAAAGAGAAAAAGAAAGAGAAGGAAAAAGGAAACGAUACUUUCGCAAUUAUCACAAAAUUAAUUGCAUCGACGUGAUCCGACCAACGAGUUCAAGUAUCAUUGUUUGUACAUGUAACAUGUAUCGUACAUGCGCACGAGGAAUUCGUCGAGUCCGACGAAUUAUUUUCUAGUGAAAUUUGUGAAUAGUAGCAGUAAGUUCUUAGCUUUUGUGGGUUGCGUGCUGUAAAUGAUUGCAAUCGCUGUUACAAACGUUUCCUGUAUUUUCUUAGCUCUAACAUCUGUACAACGUCGAUAAAAUACGAUGCGUAUGUA